CUUUUACACAUGCGCAUUUUGUAUCCUCUGGUGUUUUGUUGUGUUGGUAUUUUGGUACGCUUGCAUUCCUGAAAGUUGACUGUUUGACAGCAAAAUGGUCUGCCGUGACGACCAAUAAACAUUUAGUAAUCGGUUAAAUGUGGCUUAUUUAAAAUUUUUUGAAACCAUGGCUGAAAUCGAAGAAUUCACGUGUUUAACCAAACAGUUAUCCAUCGAAGACAAAACUCGCUUGGAGCACCAAAACACAAGACUGGUAACCGAUUACAAAGCUCAACUUCUAGAAAAAGAUGCUCGAAAGUAUUGGGAUUUAUUCUAUAAACGGAACGAAACACGUUUCUUUAAAGACAGGCAUUGGACAACCCGAGAAUUUACGGAUUUACUUGACUUUGAAUGUGCGACGAAAAGAACUCUCUUGGAAGUAGGAUGCGGCGUGGGUAAUUUCAUUUUUCCACUGAUUGAAGAAAAAUUGAACUUCUAUAUAAUCGCGUGUGAUUUAUCACCAAGAGCUGUGGAGAUUUUACAAAAGAAUCCACUUUAUAACGAAGAGUACGUACGGGCUUUUCAUACGGAUAUCACCACUGAAGACGUACUUGAUAAAAUUGAGCCCAAUAGUGUUGACAUUGUUACUUUAAUAUUUGUAUUGUCAGCCAUACACCCAGACAAGUUUCUUAGUACAUUGAAAAUCAUCUAUAAAUUGCUGAAACCAGGCGGAAUUGUUCUGUUUCGAGAUUAUGGGUUGUAUGAUAUGGCACAACUGCGAUUUAAGGCAGGACAUAAAAUUUCAGACAAUUUUUAUAUGAGACAAGAUGGGACAAGGAGUUACUACUUUUCAGUAGAGUUUUUAUCAAAAAUAUUUCUUGAGAGUAAUUUUGAAGUGGUGUCUGCUACUUAUGUUCAUAGAAGAACCAUCAACAAAAAAGAAAACAUUGAUGUUCCAAGGGUCUUUGUACAGGCAAAAAUUCGAAAGCCAGUUUGAGAUAUCUUCAAUUAAAAGAGAAAGGAUGAAAUUCAUAUAGGGUGCUAAGUUGGAUGUCUUCCAAUCAUUAGAGAACGGAUGAAAAAGUGCUAAUUUGGAUAUUGCACUUAAUGAUGAAUGCGAGAACAUCACAGCUUUUAAUUCUGAUGUCUUAAUUGCAUUGAAGAGAACGGAGUUUAACGCAGAUCUCUGAUUUUGGAGGAAGUGGCUGUGCAGUUCCGGAUUGAGGACAGGAUUAGAUAGAGAGGAAAUAUUGUCAAAAUUAUUGAAAGACUUUAAAAAAAUAUUUAUUUCUUCUACUUCUGAAAUAUACAUAAAAUAUCCUGAAACAAUUUGGUACAGUGAAUGAUCCAUAAUUUUAGAAGUAUUUACAAUAAAAAUAGUCGCUCAAAGUAUAAA